AUAUAAUUAUGAUGUCGUUCUCAAACGUUUCAUUAUUUUAUCAAUUGAAUAUUUUCAUGAUAAAAAAAGUUGCUGAUGGUGUGAAUCAUUGCAGUGGAUUGAAUCGCAUUUUGAUUAGCAGUUUUUAUGUAGAUGUUCUUCGCGUCUCCUUUGGUGUUUCGUGAAUAAACUGAAAUGAGUUGUGCUCAUAUGGACGUAUACACUAUACAGUAUAACUAUGAUUAAAAUUUAAGAACGGUGAUGAGUGGUUUGUCUACAAUUAGGUACAAUUCUGUUUCGUUUUUUUUAACAGUAAAUUUAUUAGAAGCAUUUCAGCUUCUUUUCAUGAAGUGACAAUUUUUGCCACCUCAAGUUGGAUAUAUCUGAAUAGCUAGGUAGUGAAAGUGUUGACUCAGGUGUUUCAAACGUGAAAGGUAGGCAAUAGUGUUUAUUCUGCUCCGUAUUUUAUUGAUUGCUGAGGAAUAGGUACCGCACACUUUUACUGCACGAAUCAACUGUAGACACCCGUGAUGAAGGAUUAUCCUCACGCCGUACCAAUUGUUGUGCCAAUCAAGGAAAAUGGACAACAUAAAUAUUCACUGGAUGAGAAAGCUCUGAGAAAAAUCUUGCUGCAGGAUCACAUUAGAGAUCGCAAUGUAGUGGUGGUAUCAAUUGCUGGACCAUAUCGAAGAGGGAAGUCGUUUUUGUUGAAUUUUUUCUUACGUUAUAUGAAUUUCAAGGUAUUUCCAAUUUUCCAGCAAACAUCCGGCUGUGAUACAAAAUGCAGUUGGUUAGGAGACGAGAAUACCCCUCUGACAGGAUUUCCGUGGAAAAGAGGAACGGAUGUCGUUACAACAGGAAUUUUAAUGUGGUCUGAAGUAUUCUGCAUGACUUCACCAACUGGAGAAGAAGUUGCCGUCAUUUUUCUCGAUACUCAAGGAAAAUUCGAUGACGAAAGCACGGUUCGAGACUGCGUCACAGUAUUCGCUCUCAGCACAAUGCUGAGUUCGAUUCAAAUGUAUAAUUUAGUCCAUAAAAUACAAGAGGACGAUUUACAAUAUUUACACAUGUUCACCGAAUAUGGACGUUUGGCUUCCGAAAACACUGGUAACACACUAUUUCAAAAAUUACAAUUCAUUGUCAGAGAUUGGGACUGGGCAUACGAGAAGAGUUAUGGUCCGGAGGGAGGCAAAAUGCUUCUGGAGGAGAAGUUGAUGGUUUGUAUUGAAAUAUUGCGAGAAUUACAAUGUACUGCUGAAGGACAACAUCCUGAGAAAAUAAAAUUAAAGAAUCACAUUAAAUCAUACUUCGAUGAUAUCCAGUGUUUUUUGUUGCCGGAUCCUGGACCCAAAGCGAGAACGAGUCCCGAGUUUGAUGGGAAAUUAUCUGAUAUAGAUGAUGAAUUCAAAACCUAUUUAGAUCAACUUGUUCCUCUGAUAAUGGCGCCAGAAAACCUAAUCCAGAAAGAAAUCGGGGGUACAAAAAUCACAGUUGAAGAUUUCUUACUCUAUUUUAAACGCUACGUGGAUGUGUUCAAUGGCAUUGGCAACAUGCUACCUGAGCUUAAAUCCAUUUUUGAUGCGAAUGUGGAUUUAACUAACUUGAAAGCUGUUGCAGCAGCGAAGAAAACGUACAAAAAACAAAUGGAGAUUUUUUGUGAAACCAUUCACCUUAAUAACGAUCAGUUUGAACAAGCGCAUCAGAUAAGUUUGGGAUACGCUCUGGAAAAAUUUAAUGUAACCCCAAAAAUGGGAGGAGUGGAAUGUUCUGUAAAGUACAGAACUGACCUGCAAGAGAAAAUCAAUAAUAAAUAUCGCUGGUGGAAACUCGUCAAUGAAAGUAACAAAAGUAAAAUUGGGACCAUAACAAGUUGCGGAUUAAUGUAGUUGAGUAUUUAAGUACAUUACUAAUAUACUGAGUGACUUGAAAGUUCUAGAACCAAAUUUUUUCUAUUUAUGUGAAAAACUUACUCGAAAAAAAAACUUCUCAACUAGAGAAAAGUUCUCUCAAAAAAAAAUUUCGAAAAAAAACAUUACAUAAUCUAUUUGCGUUAGGGGGGGGGGGGUGUGAAAAUUUUUUAGAAGGCCCGCAUUUUUUCGCCGCAAGCUCACAUUGACUUUCAGCGACGUGGGAGGCCAAUAUUGUCUUAUUCCUGUACUUAUUCAAAAAACGUAUAGAUAUAUGUAUUAAGCAACUUUUGUCACAAUAUUACGUUUGUGUGAGCAGCAUUUAUUUUUAAUAUUUUUACGAUUUAUUGUACAUACCUCCAUGAUAAACUAAAUUUACCUACCUUUGUGUGUUAUUUGCUUUUUUGCAUGACUUAAAUUAAAAAAUAUGGUUUUCAA